ACAUCUCCUCCUCGGUGGAAGUCUGCAUCACAACGAGCUGGGGAGUUGUUCCUGACGGAGCUGAGAUUCACGCAAACUAUUCACAUUUCCAGCAUAGAAACGUGACGAGAACUUGGAGCAACUUUCUUUUCUUAUCAGUCAUCAGAACUAUUUACUUUUUCUUUAUCGCUCUGCGGUUUUGACUUUGAAGUUUUUCCUCCCUCUCCACUACUUUUUUGUGUUCUUUUUUCGGUCUCUGGUCGUCAAGAUGAAGAAUCUGUGGCUUUUCUUCGUCGUCGGGCUAUCGACUGGGUUCAUCGGCGGAAAGCUCAGUGUCCUGUCCCAGUCAACCAAGGCCCUAGCAGAAGACCUCUACAUAGACGAACCAGGAUCAGGUGACCUCCCCGUGGAUGACGACGACGACGACGAUGGUGGAUCUGGCUCUGGCUCGGGAUCUGGAGACUACGGUCUCAGCAUCUUCUCAGACAGAGCGAAUAAAGAGGUCACCAGAGGCCCGACGGUCUCCGCGGGCCUAAACAGACGCUUUGGGCAGCAGCCACGUCCAGCACAGACCACGGCAGGCUCAGCUCCCAGCCCGACAGCCACAGCGGCGGACCAGCAGGACCCAGCAAACACAGCGGGAGACACCGAGAGCCCGUUCUCUGACGACGGCAACAUGUUUGUUCAGGUCCUAGACCCAAUGACCAACUGGGAUGACAAACCCCUGAGUACCAGUGCCACGCCUGUUGCCGUAACUACGGACCUGAGCGACUAUGAUGAUGAUGAAUAUGGCGUGGGAGUCACCGAAGCAGUGAUUAAAAAGGAGGUUUUCCCCAAUAACAAACAAGGGAGCUCACGAUACGGGCUCAACUCCCCACAGGAAGUCACCUCGGAGAACCUGUGGGAGAGGACAGAGGUUCUAGCAGCUGUGAUUGCCUGUGGAGUGGUCGGAUUCCUCUGCGCCGUCUCCCUCCUCUUCCUCCUCGCCUACCGCAUGAAGAAGAAGGACGAAGGAAGCUACGACCUGGGAGACAGCAAGCUGUCGGCGACGGCUUACCAGAAAGCGCCCACCAAGGAGUUCUUCGCCUGAACCGACCGACAGGGACGCUCUAACGUGGAGCCUGGCUCCAGCCGAUCAGGACUAAAUGUGGAACUAUAAGCAGCCGAGGAAGGACUCCUUCACCCGACGUUGGAAGUGUCCGCUCUCCUCCGGCGCUGCACAUAUCCCUCUUUUUGUUUUUGUCUUUUUUCAUUCCCAUCCCUCCUGUCUGUUUGGUGUGUGCCAUCAUUUUCUGAUUUUUCUCUACCUAAUGCAAAGCUAUCUGUGCAGGAAGGGUCAUAAGGAAACAAAUGCAUUUCUCCCAAAAUGCAUUGGUGUUAUUUCCUUCCAGGGAAGGAGAAAUAUUCAGCAUCUUUUCUUAUUUUUUUCUUUUUUUUAAAGGAAUCGUUCCUUUUACUAUCAGAGUGGACUACAGCUGUUGUAAUUUUGUACACUUAUCAGAUUAAAACUCGUUCUAACACUGUGCCUUCAGGACCCUCCAGCUGAAUCACACUGUAAUUCAUUGUCCCUUUUCAACGAGAUGAGGAGGAUGAGAGAAACCUGAGAAAACCUGGCUUCAGUUGUUCUGAUUGCUUUUAAUUCAAACGGUACUACAUAUAUUAGUAUUACGAAGGGUCCUUAAAACAAACCCUUCUCUCUUAGAAGUCAUAUUUGCUUUUGUUAUAUUUCACUUUGUGUACGCUUCUUUGUUGAAAUGAAUAUUUUUGUUAUGAGAAUGAAUCUUUUUAUAAGCUGCCCAGUAUUGCCACGAGAGAUUUCCUUACUCUGCAGGUACAAGUGUGAUUUUUUUUUUUUUUUCUUUUCUUUUUUCCCUACAAAUAUUUGACACUUAUAGAAACUGACCAAAUAUAAAGACGCUUUACAUUUCUACUAAAUAUAGUAAUAGCUUUUUCAUGUCCCGAGGCAAUGUUUCUGUGAGCCGAGAGAUUUCCCAUUCCGUAAAGGUCCCUCAGGUAGAACGUGUUUCAAGCGUUGCUGACAUUUUCAGGAUUAUCGGACCUGGUGGCCGAGUCCUGCAGGCUUGUGGGACAGGUAGAGCCAAAGCUAAUGACUGUAAUUCAGAACCCACAGAAGUGACCAAAGUGCCUGGUGACGGCCAAAUGCACAUUCCUUCCUGACAGUCCGGUGUGCAGCUGUGAAAGAGGGCUUGGAGUUAAAGUAAAAGCAUCUCUUGUUACUUCUUAUUUUACCGUCUGUUUUUAAAAAAAAAAAAAAAAAAUAGUUCUGUUUCUCAACUACAAUAUUCAUUUUGUUUGGCUAAAAAAAUGCAUGUACAUAUAGGUUUUAUAGGCUUAUUAUUAAACUUUACCUCAAAUGGCCAAAGAGGCAUAGCGGGAGCUGCAGGAAUAAUGUAAUGCAGGUUAACGGCAAUGACAAAGGGGUGGUAUUCCUUCUUAUUAGCACAUACAUUUACACCCAGCUGAUGCAAUAUUUUAGUAGGAAGGUUAGAGAUUUGAAUAUGUAUGGACUUUAUCUACUUACUGCCUAUUAAUAUUGUUAUUAUAUGUUGAAGAUUGUUCCAUAGAUGCUUCUCAGAGCAAAACAAUCGGGUCCCUCUGAAAGGGUCAUAUUUUUUUCAUCAGGAGGACUCGGGUCAAUGUUUGAGAGCGUGGAGCAACUACAAUUGCGCCUCCAUCUUCAGCGUGUCACCCGAAUGAAAGAUUUCAGACUUUUAAUGGAUUUAGUUUCUUGACAUAAAAAUAUAACAGUCACUGAGUCUCUGUGUUUGCUUUUCUUGUUUCAUUUUUUUUUGGGUUAAGUUUAAGUCAAAGGUCAUUGUCAGACUCUGUUUCCAGAUUUUUAUUUUUUCUCUUGCAGUUUGUGUUCAUAGAAGAGACACUAUGAAAUUAUCUGAAUGCAAAUGCAAACUACCUAUCCACUGUGGCUGGAAUAAACGGGAGGAUGUGGUCACCGACCUGCUGUCGACGUGGUGUUUAGUGAACCGUCAGUGCCUCUCACAGUGCUUUCAUUUGCUCUCUUCUGCUGUGCUGUUACAGUGUCGGUGUCCAGUGUUGAACUUUUGAGCUGUACUCGAUCAAAAUCGCCUAUUUCUUUUUUUUUUUUUCUCCCUGAAUUAGAUGUCCCCAUAGCAGGGCUGUCUAGAAAACGUCUGUUGCAAAACCAAGAACCAGGGUAAACGGUGACAUAGCGUUUGCUGCAAUCCAGCUGGUGAUGAGACAGAUAUAUGCAUUCUUGUAUCUUUCAGCUUAAACAGCAAGUAAACUACACUUUAAUUUAUACAUAGUCUCUUUUGAAAUUACUGCAGCAUGCCGUCGAUACCUGGGAAUAGUACAGAAGACGCAUUUUUACCUCUUGCCCGGGCUGUUUUUAAUGGAGUUGACAAACUAUUUACUGUUAAUUUGCAGCAUGGAUAUUCAUCUAAAAGAAAUGUAAAAUUGAUACAUAAUUAAAAUGGAGCCUGUUUAAAAAAAAAAAGCUUGUCUUUAUCGUUGUUUUAAGAUGAGUGGACUGCAGUGGUUGUAGUGAAAUAAGCACCAAUCAAGCAUCAACUCCCCCCAUAAAAAGGCUGGAAGAGCUGUGCUGUUGGUGGAUUUCAUACAAGCUAAAUAAAUGUGAUGGAUUGGCAUCCAAGACCAAACCCCGUCACUCAACACCCCCUCCUCGCAACCCCUCACAGUUAGCAGAUGUAGACAACUGAUGGAUGGGUUAAAAGGGGCAACUACCAACUCCACGCCCCAAAAUAUAUUUUGUAUUGAAACAAAAAAAAAGUGAUUUUCCAACCUUAUGUCAGUUAAUCUUAUUUGAUCUGUUCUUCACCAAGUGUAUAAUUCUAUGCAUCGCUCUGUAACCUCUGGAUCGGUAUAUACGUUGUUGUGGAAAAGUGUUGAUUUAUUUUAUUUUUUUGUCACACCUGAAUGUUUCGGAUCAUCAAGCGAAUUUCAGUAUCAUAAAUAACCGGAAUAAACACAAAAAGCCUU